CUCCCAGUCGCUUUUUGGGCGUAUUUGAGUAAACUGCAUUGCAAAAUAUAUAUAAUAAUAAAAUGUGCCUUAGCGACAAAAUUUGCAACUUCUUUGUUGAAAGCAACAUUGCAGAUGAUGCAGCACUACAAAGUUACAGCCCUACAAAUCAUUUUGGCAUUGCUGACUACUGUGUCUUCGGUGGGAUGCUGCUCAUAAGCACCAUGAUUGGACUUUACAAGAGCUCAUCACAGAAAAACACAGUUGCCCAGUUCCUGACUGGGAGGGGCAAGAUGUCCACUGUGCCUGUGGCUAUUUCCAUGCUUUCUGGUUUUGUUUCAUCAAUAACAUUGAUGGGCCAGCCUGCUGAGGUUUAUUUGCACGGAGCGCAGCCAUGGCUGUUUGGAGUUUCCUCGUUCCUUCUCAUACCGAUCGUCGGAUGGGUGCUGAUCCCGAUGUUCAGAGAGAAGCAAUAUGUCUCUGCCUACCAAUACUAUGGUGAUCGUUACAACAGGUGGCUGCAGUUGGUCGCUGCAGUUAUAUUCACACUACAAAUGAUCAUUUACCUUGCGUUAGUCUUGUAUGCCCCUGCAUUGGCUAUGUAUCAAGUGACAGGCCUUAACACGAUGGUGAUGGUUACAAUAAUGUAUUUAGUCUGUAUUGUUUACACAACAGUGGGCGGGAUAAAGGCAGUUGUCUGGACGGACUGUUUCCAGGUGUUGGUGCUUUCGCUCUCUCUUAUUAUAGUCCUGGCCAAAGGGACUGCAGACAUUGGUGGAUUCAGUGUUAUCUGGGAAAGGAAUAAAGCCACCGACCGAACAACAUUUUUCAACUGGGAUAUUUCAAUGACUGAAAGAUACACAUUCUGGUCAUCUUUUAUUGGUUCAGGAUUCCUACAUAUGACGACUUACGGUGGAAAUCAACUACAGAUUCAGAGAUAUUUAACUGUUAAGUCAACUUCUGAAGCUAGAAAAAUGCUAUGGAUAAAUAGUAUUGGGUGGACAAUAGUAAGUUUCAUGUGUGUCUAUGCAGGGAUGCUAAUUUUUGCAAAUUUCAAUGAAUGCGAUCCUCUAACUACACAUAGGAUUGAAAAGGCAGAUCAGCUUUUCCCACUUUACGUUAUGGAUGCGCUUUACAAUUACCCUGGCUUUCCAGGUUUAUUUAUAAGUGGAAUUUUUAGUGCCGGUUUAAGUUCUGUUUCCACUGGGAUGAAUUCUCUUGCUGCUAUAUGGUUCGCCGAAUUUGAGUCUACAGCCUUUAGAAAAAACAUGUCUGAAACCCAGGGGACAUUAUUUGUCAAAUGUCUUGCUUUAUUAUUUGGAAUUUUAUCUUAUUUAGUUGUAUUCAUGGUCCCUUACAUGGGAAACCUUGUGCCUUUGGCUAUAUCUCUUUCAAGCACAUUUGCUGGCACACUUCUCGGUUUAUUUCUGUUGGGAGUAACCUGUAAAGCGGCAAACACUUGGGGAGCAUUUACUGGUAUGAUGUCAAGCAUUCUCUUAUUGUGCUGGUUUGCUGUCGGUGCGAUGGUCGCAGAAAGAUCAGGAAUGAAGAUACAUCCUCCAAAGCCACUUUCUGUAGACAACUGUAGUCUGCCGUUCAAUGGCACAAUAAUCACACCGAGCACUGAAGAGGCAUUUAUUCUGUACAGAAUAUCUUAUACUUGGUAUGGGAUGAUAUCGAUAAUGAUGACAUUGAUCGUUGGCGCUUCUGUAAGUCAUGUAGAGCAAUUUAUCUCAAGACUAAUGUGCAAUAAGAGAAGAUCUGAUAACAACAGGAAUGAUAUAAAUGUGAACAAUUUACUACUGAAUGAAAAAGAACUUAAAACUAUAAUUUCUUCAAGCAGUAAAACACUGCAGAAAAAUAAUUAAUUUUUUAUGUAUGGAAGUUGUAACUUGUUGCCAAGUAUGUUUGCUAAGUUAGAUUUUACGUAGUUUUUUUUAUGAAUGUAAAAGAAAAUCAAAUUUCAAUGGGUUGUAUUUAAAAAAAGAAAAACGAAGAGA